AGUCCAGAGCUCAACGGCCUUCAUUUAAUUUGGCAGCCCAUUGGAAACAGCUGCAAUGGGUGGUAAUCGCUCUGCUACUGCUACUGCUACUGAUUAGACCCGGCUAGUGCCCACCACCCCACCAGAUAUCAAGCGGAUUUGAUAUGAGAAUCUUAAGUAGCCGCCAGAUAAUUCUAAUCAAUUUUGGAAUGGUACCAAAAGGCUGUUAGGCAGCGAAGAAAAGCAAAAAACAAAAAAAAAGUGUUUGUGGGGGUAUCGUGUAAAUUACGUAAAGGAUUUAUAGGAACGAAAAACUACAAGCAAUUUACGUACCGUACCCAAGCUGAUACUCUAUCUGCUUCGAUAUACUAUCAGCUGAAGUUUAUUAAAUUCAAAUCCAUUCUUUGACAUGAAAGAGUGAUGCAGGAGGAGAAUCUAAUCGAAAGAUAGACAGAUACUCCACAAGUAGUGGGGGCUAACACUUGACUCCAAAGGCGUACAGCUAUCUGAGUAUUUAUUUUGUCAGCGGAAAUACAAAUCAAAUCAAUAAAAAACAACAUACAAAUGGAUUGAACAGCCUCUUCUGACAGUCCACUUACUUGCACUCUCUUUCUUGUGCCCCAGAAGGUGGAACGCGUGCGCACGCACCCUCAAGUCGAACGUUUAUAAUGAACUAAACUUAAUAGGCCUAUGCAUAGGAUAGAAUAUUAAAUAGCUGUUGACAUGGGUGCAUCAUCCAGGGAGAAGCUCGCCGAUGCGCAGCGCAUACACAUCGGUGGGUGUGGCGGUGGGCAGCAGGGCAAGCGGCAGCCCCUCAAUCGUGUGACAACCACCAAAUACAAUUGGCUAACAUUUCUGCCACUCAACUUUUACGAGCAGUUCCGCCGUGCCGUUUACUUUUACUUUCUAAUCAUCACCAUUGUCUCGUUCUUCGUGAAUGACACGAUAUCCCCGCUGGUCUCAUUGAUCCCAUUGCUGUUUGUGAUGGUUAUAACCGCCCUAAAGGAGGGCCUGGAGGAUCUAUCGCGCUCAAGGAGUGACAAAACUGUCAAUACAGCCAGAGUCACCGUCAUUCGCAAUGGCCAGGAGCAGUGCAUCGACUCUCAGUUCAUUGUGCCCGGCGAUCUUGUGGUUGUCAGCAGCAAUGGCGACUUGCCCUGCGACCUGGUGCUCCUGCAGUCAUCGAGCACGGACAACAAGUGCCGCAUUACCACCGCCAAUUUGGACGGGGAGACCAAUUUGAAGACCAUCUUUGCCCCCAGCAACUACACGCUCGCCAUGGGGGGCUGCAUUGUGUGCGAGGCACCCACACCGGAUCUCUACAGCUUCAAUGGGCGCCUGGAACUGAAGCAGGAGAGUGAUGCCAAUGCCGAUGCCGAUGCCGAUGCCGAAGCACUGCCGCUGACUCUUGAGAAUCUGCUGCUGCGUGGUGUACGUGUCAGGGACACCGAGAGGAUUGUGGGCUGUGCCAUCUACACGGGCAUGCACACCAAACUGCAGCUGAAUAGCCGCUACACGGGCAACAAGUCCGCCUCCAGCGAGCAGUACAUCAACAGGUUUAUGGUGGCCCUCAUACUCGGCAUGAUCGUCGUUGUGGUGAUCCUCUACAUGAUUGAGCGGCAGCAGGAGGCCAAGGUGGUGCCCACAAUGCCCCACCUGGGACCAGUGCCGAACUUCAAUGCGUUCUGGCAAAUCUUCGAGGACUUUCUGUCCUUUCUGCUGCUGUUCAACUACAUGGUGCCGAUAUCCGCCUACAUGAACAUCGAACUAUAUCGCAUAGCCGGCGCCCACUUUAUGCAGUCCGAUCUGCAGCUGUAUGACGAGGAAACCGAUCAGCCCUGCCAGGUGAACGCCUCCAAUUUGAACGAGGAGCUGGGACAGGUCAAUAUUCUGUUCUCGGACAAGACCGGCACCCUGACCAAGAACCUCAUGCAUUUUCUCAAAUGCUAUGUGGCUGGCCGGGAUUACCAACUGCAGGGCACACAGCUCUACUCGCCCGCCUCCGAUGAGACGUUCGCGCUGGAUGUGCUGGAGACGCAGGCCAGCCAGUUCUUUGAGGCUCUGACCAUUUGCCAUACGGUGGAACUGCUGCCGCCAGGUGAGGGCGGCUCACCCGAAGCCGCAUUGUCGGAGAAGAGCCGCCUAAUGUCCACCGGCGAUGUGGUGGGCCGCUAUCAGGCCUCCAGUCCCGACGAGAAGGCCCUGCUGGAGGGCUGUGCCCAUUUGGGUUUGGUCUACGAGGGCUGCCACAGCAAUCAGCUGCGCAUACGUCGCCAUCCCACUGGCGAGCAGCUGCAAUACGAGCGGCUGCAUGUGCUCGAAUUCAGCUCGGAACGUAAGCGGAUGAGUGUCAUUGUGCGCGAUGGCCAGGGCCACAUUUGGCUGUACAGCAAGGGGGCCGAAAGCAUCAUCUUUCCGCGCUGCAGCCACAGUCCGGAACUGGCACGCACCGACGCCCAGAUCACGGCCUAUGCCCGGCAGGGCUUGCGCACGCUGGCCGUGGCCAGGCGCAGCCUCACCGAGCAGGCAUACGCCAGCUUCAUGGCCCAGUACAGGCAUGCAAAUACCCAGCUGACGGACAGAACCAACCUCAUAGCAGAGUGCUACGAGACUGUGGAAAUUGAACUGGAACUGCUUGGCGCCACUGCCUUGGAGGAUGCCCUGCAGGACAAUGUGGGCGAGACUUUGGUUGCCUUGAGGGCUGCUGGCCUACAGAUCUGGGUACUCACCGGCGACAAGGUGGAGACUGCCUUCAACAUUGGCCUCGCCUGCCAGCACAUACCGCCAGGCGCCAGGGUGCACUAUAUGGUGGAUGUGCCCCAGCCCACAGAGCUGCUCCUAAGACUCAGCGAGAUUGAUGCCGCCAUCGGCAGGAACGCUUCCGCCCAGGAAGCGCUGGUGAUCGAUGGCGCCACAGUGGCCGCGCUGCUGACACACUCGCCCAAACAGUUCGCCGAUGUGGCGCUCAAAUGUCGUGCCGUACUCUGCUGUCGCCUCAGUCCGUUGCAAAAGAGCGAAAUUGUGACACUUAUCAAGCGACGGCAGAGGAACCACAUUACAGCGGCCAUUGGCGAUGGUGCGAACGAUGUGUCCAUGAUACAGGAGGCGCACAUUGGCAUUGGCAUCAGCGGCCGUGAGGGAAAGCAGGCGGCACGCUGUGCUGACUAUGCGAUAGCCAAGUUCGAGAUGCUGCAGCGACUGCUGCUCGUCCAUGGGCACUACAAUUCGGAGCGCUUGGCCUUUCUGGUGCUGUUCUAUUGCUACAAGAAUAUCAUCAUAACGGGUUGCAUGGCCCUGUUUCAGGUGUACGAUCUGUAUUCGGCCACCAAUGUGUACAACUCGCUUUUUCUAUGGCUCUUUGACAUUGUCUAUAUAUCGUUUAGUUUUACCAUUUUGGCCAUAUCCGAUAAGCCAUACAGCGAAGAGACGCUGCUCAGAUAUCCGGAACUGUACAAGCGACUGUCGCACAACAGGCAGACAUCGUGGGGCAUUUUCAGCAUGUGGAUACUGAAUGGUGCCAUCCAGUGUCUGAUUAUAUUCUACUUUGCCUAUGCCGUACUCAAUGAUGAUAAUGUCGUCUAUAAUGUGGGACAAACGGCGGGCUUUCAGACCUUUGGCUGCAUGCUCAUAACCAUCAUUGUGAUUGUGGGCAACCUGAAGCUGCUGCUGGUGGCCCGCUAUCUCACCUACUUGAACUUUGCCAUUAUUUUGGGCUCCAUUGGCGCCUUUAUGCUGACAACGUAUCUCUACAAUCUGCUGACUAGCUCGGAGCUCUAUUUGGUCUACAAUCUGCUGCUGGGCUCCCUGCCCAUUUGGCUGUAUACGAUCAUAUGCUCGGUGAGCUGUUUGCUGCCCGAUUUCACCAUGAAGGUCGUUAAGGAUAUGCUCAGGCAACCGACGCCACUCGACACCCAAAAGCGAGAACCGAGUGAAGGCCACAAGCCGAAAGGUGCGAGUGUCUGAGAAAUUAUUAUUAAAAGAAUAAAUAACAAGAAGAAAAA